CACAAAUAACGUGUCGUUUUCAAUGUAAACAAACAAAUUGAAUGCCAUUUCCUCCUCUUCUGGUCUCGCAUUCACUCAUUCAUUGAUUGUCUUCUUCGCCACCAAACACUAGUGUCUCAAACCGUGUCCAGCGAUGGGAGCCGUGUCUUCGUGUUGUCUGCCAAACAAGUCGGACGACGAGAUCAACGAAAGGACACACAUUCUCGACAAUCCGAUCGCUUCGCCCGAAGGUCUCAAUGACUCGCAUUACAACCUCUCGCCGUCAGUCAUGUCUCCCUCUUAUGGGGCACUCAAUGGUCGCACAGAACAGAACCAACUGAACAACACUUUGCAUAAACUGGUCGCCAAAGUGAUAGACGUCUCGUCCAUCGACAACAACAUAGAACAGAGCGAUUGGAACGAAAGACAGCGGACUUAUGGCCAGAGAUUGGCACAAAUCAAGAGACCGCUCGUCCUUAAGUCCAAAUACCUGUCUUCACACCAAACGCACGUUCCGUUAAUCAAUCGCAACCUUCAGUUGGACCCCAUCUCCGAAGACGACCUCAAUCUCAUCAACUAUUUCAGCGAAAGGGCGAGUCUUUCGGUUCACAACGGAUUCAAAAUCCAUUGCGAGGAGUCGUUUGUCGUCCAAUUCGACCCUUAGUUCUCCUUCCCCUCAAAACUAAUUGUAUUUCUCUGUAAUUAUUGUCAAAAGAUUUUUCUAUUUUACUAAUCAUUCAAAGAGUGUUUUAAAACUAAAUUAUUGUCCUUUUAAUGAAUGCAAUGAAAGUUAUGAUUCAUUAA